UCAGGUAUUAAAAGUUGCGUACACAGACAAGAAUACCAAGGGGCCCCAACAUCUCAUCACACGUGCACGAACGUUACAAGGGGUCUCGUAAUAAAAUAAUGAUAAAACCCCUUACUGGAGUGAGAAGCACCAUAAUACAAGAGCCGUCUGUCUCUCAUCCGCAUUCCGGCACGCAAACCCGUCGUACAUUAAUAUAGGAAUGGCCUAUCGUGGGCCUAUCCAUUCUUUUAUUAAUCUAUGGUUCUCCCGGAGCGAGAUAAGAAAUACGAAGACAAAAAAAAAAUUACCAAAACCUGUUAGCAGCCCCAAGUAGUGGGUAUAAUAUAAGAAAAUUGAUUAUGACGUUGGUUACGACGAGUACACUAUAAUCUUACCGCGUUUUUAGUCUUGUCAAAAUGGCCGUGAAAAGGACUACGAUGCGGAGUUAACGCAAUAACGCAUACGACCAUUUUUAUUUGAUAAAAAAUAAAAAAAAAACACUUAUGUUAUAAUAAUAUUAUUAUAGCCAUUUAAAGGUAUAUCGUUUAUUCGGUUUCAUUUAAUAUUAUAAUUUUGUGAUUAAAAAACAACGUUUAAAUAUUUUGACUUUUGACAUUGUAUUUUUAAUAGUAGGUACCGUAGGCGGACCGUAGUAAUUUUGAAUGUCUGAAUACUUAUUACAUCUACAUGUUUAGGAAACCAAUACAAUGACAUCAAAAAAUAGAGCAAAACGUUUGAUUUCUACUGCACUGAUUGGGAAAGAAUUUAAAUAUAAUAACACACCGUCAACAACUGUAAACAAUAAUAAACAAGACAUUUCUGGUUGACAGAAACAUUUGAAGCCUUGGAUGGUGAAAGAAUAAAAUCAAAUACUAUAUACAACAAAGAGAUUGAAAAAAAUAUACGGAGAAGGCAAAUGUGUUAAGACAAACUCUUGUAUUAUAAAUAGAAAAUGUCAACAUAAAUGUUGGGAUAAAUUCACUGAGAAUGACAGAAAAUAUAUAUUUGACACAUUUUGGAAAUUAGGUAAUAAACCGAGGCAACGAAAUUACUUGGUAAAAUGUGUAGAUAAAGUAUCAAUAAAAAGGAAACAAAACAUAAUAAGUAGGCGUUCAAUUUCAUAUAAAUAUUACUUAUAUUUCAUAUCUGAAAAGAAGCAAGUAUGUCAACAAUUCUUAUUGACUACUUUAGAUAUAUCACAAAAAUUUCUACUUUACACCAUCAAAAAUUUGAAACUAGGAAGUUCAGAAGAAAAUAAAAAUUGUGGUAAAAUCGUUUCUAAAAGUAAAUUUGGCGAUUCAGCACAAUAUGAUGAUUUACAAGAAGAAAAAACUGUAAAUUCUAAUGGUCCCAUAGAAACAAUAAGUGGUAAUAGUUUAUCUGCAGAUGUAAGCCAUGUAUCAACUAAUUGUUUACCACUCACAAAAAAACAUCAUAAUAUUAAUGAAGUUAAAUCAUUUGUCAGUAAAAAUAAAAGUUAUCUUGAUGUCGGACAGUCAAAAAAUAAUACCCGAUCUAAUAUACAUAAGCUACCUAUAGUUGAUAAAAAUAUAACUGACAUUUCUGUAGCCACAUUUUUAGUCAAUGGUUUAUUGAAAGGUGAAAAAACACAGACAAAAAAAAUAAAAAUCAUCAAACGGAAAUUUAUUUUGAAAAAAAACAAUGUUAAAGUACAUAUGAGAAUGAAUAAGUUGAAAAAAACUUUUGGAGAAGGUAAAUGUGUCAAACCAAAUCCAUGUGUCUUAAACAAAAAAUGUCAUCAUAAAUGCUGGGAAAAAUUUACAGAAAAUGACCGAAAGAAUAUAUUUGAUAUGUUUUGGAAAUUAGGUAACAAAUCAAAUCAACGAGAUUAUUUAAUAAAAUGUGUUCAUAAAGGAUCAAUACAAAGAAAACGUACACAAAUAGAUGAUAGUAGGCGGUCCGUAACCUAUAAGUAUUAUUUAUCUUACAUGUCUGAAAAAAAGCUUGUUUGUCAACAAUUCUUAUUGACUACAUUGGAUAUAACUCAAAGGUUUUUAAUCUACAACAUUGAAAAGUGUUUUCAAUCAAAUUCUGAGAAAAAUAAUGAUUGUAAAAUGACUAUAUUCAAAAAUCAAUUUGAAAAUUCAGCUAUUUUUAAAGUUUACCAAUUUAUCAAUAAAUUACCCGCAUUAUCAUCUCGUUAUUGUAGUGCUUCCAAUAAGAAAUAUUUGCCAGCAGAGAUUAUGAAUGUUAUUCAGCUCUAUAAUUUAUACAAAGAUUACUGUAAAAUAAAUAAAGAUGAACCAGUAUCUAAAUAUAUUUUUAAAAAUAUAUUUAAAAAACAAACUCACCUGGGAUUUCAUGUACCAAAAAGAAAGAAGUGUAAUUUAUGUGUUACGUUUAAAAAUACGAAUAGUCCCAACCGUGAACAAGAAAUUCAAAAAUCACAUAUGAAAGAUUGGGAUGAAUGUAAAGAUUUAGUAAUAAGUCAUCGACAAAUAACUGAUCCCAGUACGGUAUGUGCAAGUUUUGACAUUCAAAAUGUCUUAAGCACGCCAAUAGGGUACAAUAAGAACUUGUAUUACAGCCGAAAAUUUGGUACGUCCAAUUUAGUUGUCUUCGAAAAUAUUACACAAAAUGCAUUUUGUUACCUAUGGGGAGAAACUACUGGAAAUAGAGGUAGUAACGAAAUUGUAUCUUGCAUACAUGAUUAUUUGAUCAAAGUUGACCAAAGAAAAUCUGUGACGUCUGUUAUAUUGCUUUGUCACUCUAGUGUUAGACGAAACAAAAAUAAAGCAAUGCUGGUGAUGAUGUAUCAUGCCCUAGAGAGUAUGAACUUAAUUUUAUAAAAGAAAUUAAGUUGAUUUUUCUAUUCCCUGGUCACACUUGUAUGCCCGUAGAAUGUUUGAUAGCUACUAUUGAUCGUUUUAUUAAAAAUAAGACUGUAUGUAUGAUAGCGAAUGGCCAACAUUGAUUCGAAAUGCCUACACAAAUCCAAGGCCACUAGAAAUAGUUGAAAUGAAAUCUUCUGAUUUUUUUGAUUGGACACUAUUUUCAAAUUCAAUUUUUCCAAAUCAUUUGAAAACAGAUGGAGGUGAAAUAAUUUCAAUUUCUGAAUUAAGAUAUGUAUUAUUCCAAAAAGAGGAAAACAAAAUAAAUUUGUUAGCUUUUAAUUCAGACACAAAUAUUUGCCCUGAAAAAUUAGUGAUGAUCAAAAAAAGAAGAAAUCCAAAAAUACCUUGCUAUACAGAAAAUUAUGGUAUUUCAAAUGCCAAAUUCAAUAACUUAACUAAAUUAUGCAAGGAUGGUAUAAUUCCCAAAAAGUAGAUAAUUAUUAUUUAUUUUAAUUAAACAAUACAAUUUCAAUUAUUUUAUGUAAUGUAUAUUCUUACAGAUUUCAUAAAGAAUACUUAGAUAUGAAACCAGACAAAAAUGUAAAAGAUUGUCUUAAUCAAACUGAUGUCGAAGAUGAAGAUGACGAAAAAUCUUUUAUAGGUUAGUUAUUAAUACAUACAAUAACUUUUUCCCCAUAGGUUUUUAACUGAGGUGGGUCGAACUCAAAAAUAUGGUCUUGAAUCAAACCCUUUAAUAGUAUGUCCAAUCGAACUUUUCAUUUGCUUGUUGAACUGAACAAUCAUGCGAGGUUGAAUUUUAACCUGACCCAUCAUUUUGUUUAAUACCAAAUUGAAUUCAAACUGAUGUUUUGAAUUAAGUUAUAAAUCAUACUUUUUAGUUUUUUUCAAGCCAAAAUAUAAAAUAUAAAACAUUUAUUGUUUGAACGUAUGAGCGUAUGAUAUUAUGUUCUAAUUUUAUUUGAAAUUCAAACUAUUUUAGUUUGAUUAUUGAAUUUUGAACUUUUUGUAUUUUGUUCGAGUAGGGUUUGGUUUUUUAUUUAUUAUGUUCUAAUUUUAUUUGAAAUUCAAACUAUUUUAGUUUGAUUAUUGAAUUUUGAACUUUUUGUAUUUUGUUCGAGUAGGGUUUGGUUUUUUUUUAAAUUAGUGUUGUCUUUCAAACACCUAAAGUUCAGUUCAAUUCUUCAAAUUUCUAACACCUUAGUUUUACCCACCUUAGUUUUAAGUUUUUAUUUAUGUUUACUUACUUAUUUAAAAUAUUUGAAUUUGAAUCAUGUAACGUACAUAAUAUUUAAUGAAGAAUAAUAUUAUAUAAAAUAUUGAAACUUUUUGUAUCAACUCAACAAUAUUGAGAUUUCUAUUGACUUAUUAUUUGACAGUUGUUGAUGAUAUUAGAAUUGAUAUGGUAUUUUUAUAAUCAUAUUGAUUAUUUGUGACUUAGAAUAUGAGCGCUUAAAACAUUUGAUGUUAAAAAUUAUACAACAUUGCAUAUUCAUUUGGUUUCUCAUGUGGCGAUUUUCUUAUUUUGUUGUAAUUUUUUUUAGGAUGGCUAUGAUGAUGAUUUCUUGUUAUUCUCAAUGUUAUGUUUCAAUUUCUUGUAUUCGGCAUGAAAAUGUAAAAUGUAUGCAUAAUUUUAAAUUAGUUUAAAUUUUAAUCAUACAAGUUAUAAAAAACAUUGUUAUCUUUUUCCUGUAUUGGAAAUUAUGUAUGAUAUAAUAUAAUGUAUAUAAUAUUUAGUCGACACAAAUAAAAUAUAUAUUUAU